GCCGCCCCACCCGCCCGUUCGAACGCGCGCCGUCUCCUCCCGCGAGCGCAGAGCGGCGAUCGCGGCGUGGCCAUGGGGAGUGGGAUGAGCCAGAUCCUGCCCGGCCUGUACAUUGGCAACUUCAAAGAUGCAAAGGAUGCCGAACAACUGAGCAAGAAAAAGGUGACACACGUUCUCUCUGUCCAUGACAGUGCCAGGCCCAUGUUGGAGGGAGUUAAAUACCUGUGUAUUCCAGCAGCGGACUCACCAUCUCAAAACCUGACAAGACAUUUUAAAGAAAGUAUUAAGUUCAUUCACGAGUGCCGGCUCCAGGGUGAGAGCUGUCUCGUGCACUGCCUGGCUGGGGUCUCCAGGAGCGUGACACUGGUGAUCGCAUACAUCAUGACUGUCACUGACUUUGGUUGGGAAGAUGCCUUGCACACAGUUCGUGCGGGGAGGUCCUGUGCCAACCCCAACCUGGGCUUCCAGAGGCAGCUGCAAGAGUUUGAGAAACAUGAAGUGCACCAGUAUCGGCAGUGGCUGAAAGAAGAAUAUGGAGAGAACCCUUUGCGGGAUGCAGAAGAAGCCAAAAGCAUUCUGGGUAAAUAUAAAGAGCAAGGGCGCUUGGAGCCCCGGCCUAGCAGCAGGCGGUGGAGCAGCUUUUCAACCCUACCUCCUCUCACCUACAAUAACUAUACCACAGAGACCUAACAGAGAGUUCUGGUGUUUUCCUUCCUGCUAUGGGUCUUCUGGGUUGCCUACAGGUGCUGGCUCCUGCCUCUAAGGACUACAAAAGGAGGUCACAGCGAGGUGGACCACUCAGGGCUCUUUCCCAAGCAGCCAUACCCUGCCCUGGUCAGGCCUUUUCACUCUGUGCCCACCUUCACCCCAAUCUUGGCCUUACCUGAGCUUGCUGAUCCUGAGAUGCCACUGAGCUGCUGUGUACUUCCUAUAUGUGUGUAAGAGGGCAUAUGUGCAUGCAUGUGUGUAAGAGUGUGCAUACAUGCCUACAGAUGUAUACGUUAUGAAGAAGCAUACAUGUAAAUGUGUCUUUGCAUGUGGGAACUGAGUGUUUAUGGUAUGGAACGUUAUAAAGCCCCUGCUGCCAGAAUUGGGAUGGCCACAUUUCUGUCCAACUCUGCAUAGAAGUCAUUUGAACUUGGCCUCAGAAAGCUACGCACCAAGUAACAUCCUGUACCUGUGAUCCGUGAGAACUCGAGACAUGAGCAGCUGGAAUCAGUGGUGGUUCCGAACCUGAGAUGCCACAGAGGAAGGCAACAGGACCGUCCUGAGGGAGGGUGGCAGAAUCCCCAGAAGGAUUGUGUGUAUAGGACCAGGGGAGAGGGUUUUUGAGUAUUGCCUGGGCUUGUUAGGUAUACCAGACCCCAGCCUCCCUGCUGUCUCAAGUCAUACACCACUUGCCAGCCCGUCAUGUCCCUGAGUUCUUCUUGGUGCCUGCUCUGUGUGGGACCAGCAUCAUUUGACUUCUAUGGUGACAUGGUGGCAGGGAGGACCUGAGCCACAGUAGCCCUGCACCAGAGGUCUGGCCUGCCUCCUGUCUGUUUUUGCAGACUCCAGCCUGUGGCUGGCCUCAUGUUGCAGGGGCCUUGUCUCAGGUUUACAUUUCCUUCAGGAAUUGGAAAGAAAGAACAGUUAUUAAACACCAUAGCAGUUUGUUUUGAAAUGCCUGAGCAUUUACUGAGCUCAUUGGUAUAUGCUGUGGAUUUGAUCCUUGACCUACCUCAUUAGAUUGAUACC